GAACGAGGGAAGUUAGAAAAAGGAAUGCCGUCAGACGUUUUCUUUUGGGAUAACACAAAAAUAAAAGAUCGCGGGAUGGUACUGUAGAUGAUGUAAUUAUCAUCCUUUCUAAAGAAGGCAAUAAGAUCUUUGGAAAGGGUCAUGUCAAGGGAGCGUCACGGAAGAAAAUGUUCUCCAGUGAGAGAGCGGAUUCUUGACAGUAGUUCAAACGAUGACUGGGAAACAUUAUUUGAGUCAAGUGCAACUGACAAAGGGAAAACUCAAACCUCUAAAGCAGAUCUUGAUCUUUACAAUUUUGAGGAACCUACAGCGCAGCUGAGUCGUUAUGUCUUGACAAGUCCAAGGUCUCUGGAGGCAUGUGGAAGGUUUGGAAUAAAGCCUGUAGAACUGUUACACAAGUCACUGGAGGAGUUUGUUGAGGAAUUCAGAUCUUUGUAUGAUACUGACUACCCACUGCAUGCUGUGCAACAAGUGUUCCAGGAACAUGAACGACAAAGACUUAGAAAAUUAAAGCUUUGCAGAGAGGAAAGGGAAAGGAUAAUUAGGGAGAGAAGUUCAGAGUCUGUCAUGAGCAGUCAAGAUAGACAUUUCACAUCAAGGUCACUAAGCCCUGAAAACAAACCAGACAACAGAUGGAGAAAAUCUUAUGAGGAAAAAGGGCAAAAUGGAAGGACACCCUCUCCUGUUGAAAGACAGAAGUAUCACAGAGGUUCAAGUCCACUGGAUGGAAGAGGAAAGGAAAAUAUGUACACGAUGGACAGUAAAGCCUUGAAACCUCCAACAGGGCACACAAACUACAGGAGUCAGUAUACUUCAAGUAAAAAGAGUCAAAGUCCUGUAAGCCCCAAAGGCAUUAGUAUGAAUUACCCUGAGAGCUCUGACUCGGAGACUGGGGCAGACAGCAAGAGGACGUGGUCUGCAAGCGGUUAUUAUUCAAAUGAACAGUCACCCAGAACAAGAAAGAAGCCCUCGUCUGCAGGAUCCUCUAGAAAAAGAAACACUUCGCUCAUCAAGAGAACAGCUUCUAUGGAUAGCAUCGACCUGUUACGUUCGGUGCCACUUGCGUCAAGUGGAAAGGGUUUGUCCGAAAAGGAUCAACGCAUUGUUAAUUUAAUGAUGUCCAGACACGAAGAAGAAGAGAGAGCCCGCAAAGAACGAUUGAUGUUGGAGUUGGAGUGGGACGAACAAAGAAAAAUAGAAGAACAAAUGAAAAAAGCUCGACAGCAACAGAGACAAGCUGAAAUAUGGGACACAUAUAAGACUAAAGAUUCCAAACAGUUUGAAGUGCGAGCAAGAAGAAUGAGAAAUGAGCAGAGGUUGAAAAAAGAUAAACUUGAGAUUCUGUUGUCAAAGGACAGCGCUUGGCAGAAGGAGAAAAGAAAACAGGAACAAAUAAGGGGUACAAAAAUGCUGGCCAAGAAAAUCAAAGAAACCGAGAAAAAACAGAAGCAGGAAGAAAAUCUCUGGCAGAAAGAAAGGGAAGACGAACUACAUCGCAACAUGACCCAACUUAAUCUUUUAGACAGACACCAAACUGCUGUUGAGAAGAGAGAUCGUUUAUCUGCUCAAGAACAUAUGAAACUUCAAAGUCGAAAUCACAGUGCGAAGACCAGACACGCUAGUACGAGAAAACAGUUCAUUCAACAGUUAAGCCAAGAAGAAGAGAAUCUAAAACACGAAGUGGCAAUUAAACAUCAAAACGCUGUGAUGAAUUACCAGAGACAACUAACUCGAAAAGAUAACCAGAUGGCGUUAAACAGGAUAAAGAGAGAGGAGCGGAUUGAAAGGCAGCAGGAACAGUUGAGGAGGAAGGCGAAUGACAUGGAUGAAUGGAGGAGAGAACUCACAGUUUUCAGGGGAGAGAAAGACAAGCAAGCUGAAGGCACAGCCAAAAUGGUAAUAGCAUCCAAACAGCACAGAGUUAAAUCACAACUUGCCGCAGAGAAAGACGAACAUCAACAAAAUCUAGUAAGAGUAAAACAAGCUCUUGAAGAAAGGAGAAGGGAAAUUCAAGAAGAUAUUGAAGUUAAAGAUGAGCGAAGUAGAAUGGUUAAUGCAGAAAAAGAGGAAAUCCGGAGACUGAACCGUGAUGCAGCUCGAACUUCUCAGGCCGUGAGGGACUUGAUCAGAGAACAGACGCUUAGAAGUUCCUUUGACAGAAUGGCAGAGGCUGCUCAACACCAAGCUCUUGUAGGGCGUGGCCCACAGACAGGACAUAAAAAUAAAUCUACUUUGAAACUGGGUUAAUUAACUAACAUAUGAAUUCGGGAGUGACUGCUAGUGAUUAUGUUUGUAAGCGUAAUUGGAAAUUGUCAAAAUA